UUGCUUGAUAGCAGUAGACAAUUUUUGUGGUUUCUAAAAAAUAUAAAACAACAACAAAAAGGUUUUAAACAUAUUUAAAAGCAAAUAAAAUAAAUGUGUUCCUGAUUCGAAAUUGUGGUUUUUUAGACUUCGUGCUGUUGAAAAAAACUGUGAUAAUCGGCUGUGGUUUCGAAAAAGUGCUAUAUAAAAGUGAUUUGCAGUUACAAAAGUGACAUUCUUAAUUUUCGAUCUUUGGUGUUGUGUUGAACUAUUAAAGUUUUGUGAAUUUAAAUAAGUUUAAUAAAAUGGAAUUACCAGCGCCCGAGCAAUUGAAACAGUCGCUCUAUGUGCCGAAUAAAACACUGAUGGGGCCGGGUCCCUCCAAUUGCACCCAGCGUGUGCUCGACUCGUUGAGUAAUCCAGUUUUGGGGCAUAUGCAUCCGGAAUGCUUUGAGAUCAUGGAUGACAUCAAGGCUGGCGUCAAAUAUAUUUUCCAAACGAAAAACGCGGCUACAAUGUGCAUUAGCGGUUCCGGACAUGCCGGCAUGGAAACGGCUUUUGUCAAUCUUGUUGAGGAUGGUGAUGUUGUGCUACUCGGCUGCACCGGUUUGUGGGGACAUCGUGCCGCCGAGAUGGUGAAACGUUUAAAUGGUGAUGUACGCUAUGUGGAAUCACGUUCGGGUCGCUCUUUGUCACUGAAAGAAAUCGAAUUCGCCUUUGAGGGACACAAACCACAAGUUUUCUUCAUUGCACAAGGUGAUUCGUCGACGGGCAUUUUGCAGCAUCAACUGAAAGAAAUCGGUGAGCUUUGCGAAAAAUACAAUUGCCUUUUCGUGGUGGACACGGUCGCCUCACUGGGUGGUGUUGAAUUCCUAAUGGAUGCUUGGAAAGUGGACAUGGCCUAUACGGGUUCGCAGAAGGUGCUCGGCGCACCAUCUGGCAUUACGCCCGUCUCAUUCAGUGAUCGUGCCAUUGCGCGCAUUAAAGCACGCAAAUCCUAUGUGAAGUCAUACUAUUUUGAUGCAUUGCUCGUAGGACAAUAUUGGAAUUGUUUCGACACGCCACGCAUCUAUCACCACACCAUCUCAUCUACACUCUUAUAUGGGCUGCGCGAGGCAUUGGCACAAAUUUGUGCAUUGGGACGCAGAAAUGUGAUACAUCGUCAUCAGGAGUGCUCGCAUCGGCUGCAAUGUGGAGUAGAGGAGAUAGGACUGGAAAUGUUUGUGACGAAAGCCAGUGAUCGUUUGCCGACUGUGAAUACCAUCAAAGUGCCAGCGGGUGUGGAGUGGCGUAAGGUGUCUCAAUAUGCAAUGAGAAAAUACAAAUUGGAGAUAAGCGGUGGUUUGGGCCCCACAGCUGAACAGGUUUUCCGUAUUGGUCUGAUGGGCGAAAAUGCCACUUACGAACGCGUUGAUUUGGUACUCAACAUUUUACACGAAGCCAUACAAAGCACAAAAGUAGUUGAAAAAUCCAAAAUUUAAUUGCAAUAUUAUAAUAUUUUUUAAUUACUAUAUACUCGUCCACACUCGUAUAUACCGCUUUUUUAUGAAUUUUGAUUGUCUAUCAAUUAUAUUAAUUUCACAUAUGGAUCGGUUGCAAAUGAUUUUUACAAAAUCAUGAUUUUUACGUUUAAUUUAUUAUAUAAGUUUAAAAUAGUUCUGGAGUAAAUGAAAAAUAUUUGAAAACAAA